AUGGCGACUGUCGACCGUCUCUCUCUUGACGGCUGGUCGGACACGGAGAGCCCGUUCGUCCCGUGUGAGGAGGACCAGGAGUGCGGUCACCACUUCAAGUGCUCGGCGACGUCCUGGUACGAAGUGGACGGGACCUUCCCGCGCAUCUGCGUCCCCAAGACCCAGAAUCACGACAGCAGUCCCCCCGCCUUCGUCACCAACCUCCUGUCUCCGGGAGAGCCCGGUCGGUAUAACCUUUACUACUGUUACUACGACAAGGAGUGUCCCACGGGGGGAGUGUGCAAGUGGGUGAGCAAGCUCGCCUCUGGCAUCUGCCUCUACCCGGGCAGCAAGGUCGACUUCACCGACUUCAGCGAACCGCCAGAGCACAGGAGCGCUCCAAGCGAAACCGUUCAGUACUGCAGUACCAACGACGAGUGUUCCUCCGGCCACUUCUGCCUGAACGAAGAGUGGAUGACCAACCUCGGGUACCUCGACUACGGCGUGUGUAUGCCCAAGGGGUACAAGUACGGACCGGACAACUUCCCCGUGUACCAGUCGGAACCUUCGGAAGUCCAGCACCGCCAGGCCGACCCGUACCAGAGCGUUGACCAGAGGCAGGCUCUGUCCGUAGGGAACGCCCUUCCUCACGAUAUGGGCGAUCCUAACUCCAUCGUCUACUGCCACUCCGACGCCGAAUGUCCCAGCCAGCAGUACUGUCUCUUCGGCGCUUGGGAGGGCAUGUUCGGAAAGUUCGACUACGGAGUGUGUAUGCCGAGGAGACAGAUAUCGCAGACGCCCUGUACCAUGAGCUCCCAGUGUCCCCAGUCCGAGUACUGCUCUUACGAGGGUGUUUGCAAGUCCAUGUUUGACAACCAGCAAAUGGCAUCCGGCCAAGUGGCAGCACAAGCUCAAGCCCAGCCGGUACCAGAGGUACGUGCGCAGCCGAGGGUUCACUAUUGUAAGUCCAGCACUGAGUGUAGGCCUGGCGAGUACUGCUUGAUGAGGCCGGAGAGUUGGAAGGAGUUCGGUUCGUUCGACUACGGCGUCUGCAUGCCGAGGAUAGCCGGCCAGCAGGCCAUCCCCCAGCCGCCUGUGCACGGUCCCUCCGCACCGGUCAAUGUCGCCCACACACGCUGCACCUCCUUCGCAGAGUGCCGCACCGGCGAGUACUGCUCCCCCGACGGGCGCUGCCUCCCUUUGUUCAUCAACCCGCCUCUGGCAGCAGCGGAAAGAAUGGACCCUGGGGUGAUGGGGACAGACCCGUCCCAGGGCCCGUCCAAAGUCAUCUACUGCAAGUCCAACAGCGAGUGUCCCAUCGGAGGCAAGUGCGUGAUGGGCGAGUGGACCCAGUUCGGUAGGUUCAACUACGGAGUGUGCAUGCCGAAGAACUGGCGGCCGUCGAUUGCCGGGGCCUCCGGAGGCAACCUCCUGAUCCUCACGCAGGGCAGCGACCCGCGCGCGUCGGCAGGAAAUCAAGCCGCCGAGAGCAUCAAGUACUGCUCCCAGGACAGCCAGUGCGGAUUUGGGGAGGUCUGUCUCCACGGCGCGUGGACCGAGAUGGGGUACUACGACUACGGCGUCUGCAUGCCCAUGAACACGGGGCUGCGCUCCGGCUCAGCCGACGACCCUACGGGACACCUCCGCCAGUCCAGCGACCCCGGUAACGGGAACGCCAUCUGUACCGUCUGUACCAGCGACGCCGACUGCCACUCCCAGGACUACUGCACGGCUUAUCUGGGCAGCGACGACGGCUUGUGCUGGCCUCGGCAAGGCGGCCCGACACCCCCGAAAAUCCCCGGCUCAACCAUCUGCAAGCAGAUGACCGCAGAUUCGGCCAAGAGGUGCACAGGCGAUCGAGAUUGCCCCGUCGGUCAGUACUGUAACACCUUCCUCCUGUCCCUCAACCACCAGGAAGGCGUCUGCAUUCCGAAGGGAGAUGCCCCUGCAGUUGUGCCGCCCGCCCAGUACCAGCCCGUACCGCAAGACGACUCCACCCUGUGUAACCUCUGCCAGUCGGACGCCGUCUGCGGCAGCGGGUUCUACUGCACGGCCUACCUCGGGAGCGACGACGGCGUCUGCUGGCCUCGCGUGGGCUUCGGCCUGCUCAUCCCCGGGAAGACCGUCUGUAAGAACGGCGCUCCCGACUUCGCAGGGUUACUUCUUCCCGCACAGGCACAGCCCGUGGCGACUGUCACACCGCUCGGCAAAGUGAGGUGCAAGCUGUGCUCCAGCGACUCAGAGUGCCUCUCCAGCGAAUACUGCACGGCCUACAAGGGGACGGACCAGGGGCUGUGCUGGCCCAACCAAGGCCCGAUGGUUCCCGAUAACCUCGUCCCGGGCGUAGACCUCUGCUCCGGUACCCCCGACUUCAAGAUGUGCAAGAGCGUCGCGGACUGCAACAAGGAGACAGAGUACUGCACCGCGUUCAAGGGCGACGACACUGGCGUGUGCUACCCUCGUCUUGCCUCCAUCCCGAGCAGCGGUGGCGGCAGCGCCCCCGCUGCAAGCGCCCUGGAAGCGCAGGCUCAGCCAGUCGCCGUCAUCGGCGAGGCCAGCUCCCUGACGUCCGUGACGGGAUCGGCGUUCGCGUGCAAGCUCUGCUCCGCGGACGACGAAUGCGACGCCUCUGAGUACUGCACUGCGUACAAAGGCAGCGACAAGGGUCUGUGCUGGCCCAAAGCCGGCGUUCCCGGUCCUCCUAACCCCAUUCCUGGCCAGAGCUUCUGUAACUACUUCGGCGGAGGUGGUGGUGGGGAUGGCGGUGACUCCAAGCCAACCUCGGAAAUCAAUCUGUGCAAGGACGACAGCGACUGCAAGGCGAAAGAAUACUGCACCGCUUACCUCGGCAACGACAAAGGCGUUUGCUGGCCUGUAGCCGUGGCGGCCGCUCAAGUUCCUGUCGCUGAAAUCCAGUUCCAACCGGUUCCCAAACCAGAUGAAACCAGCCAAGGAGGCAGCAGCAACCCCGCCUCCUCCACCCUCUGCAAGCUCUGCAAGAAGCAAGACGAAUGUGCGAUCGACGAAUACUGCACUGCGUAUCUUGGAUCUGAUGAAGGAAUCUGCUGGCCCAAGAUCAACGCUCCCGCCUUCUUCCCCGGUAUCUCCAUCUGCCCGGUGAAAACGACCACGCCGCAGCUGUGCAAGUCUGACAGCGAGUGUACCGGAGACGGGAAGUACUGCACAGCCUUCAUGGGUACCGACUGGGGCGUCUGUUUCCCCAAAGAGGGAGGGGCCAUGUACAAGCAGGAUCAACCAGUGGAGUUCAAGUUUGAAGCCCUGGUCAUCGACCCAGAGGCCCUGGCCAAGUCACACUUGAAAGAAGUGAACAGCUCGGAAGAAGAAAACGAUGACGACAGCUCCGAUUACUUCGAUGCAAACAAAUUCCUGCAAAAAUUGAUGGUGUAGAAGAAAUCUUUGCUGAGUUUUUCAGGGGUGUUCGAGAGUAUCUUUGUUCAGACGGCCCUCUCUGUUUUCCUGGUUUGGAAA